AUGAGCAAGGAAGUGUACGACGCAGUGUUACUUACAGCGGAAGCAGUUGGUGUAUCAAUGGCAUCGAAGAAGCUUUUAAAGGAACCCUUAGGUACCCCAGAGAAUGUGAAAGGAAUGUUGAAGUUAGCUGUCUCAGUUAGUCUUUCAUCUCUACUGGUCUCUUACCUGAAAGAAAAGAAGUAUCUACCAGAUGAUCCAUUCAAAACCUAGGUAGAAUUAUACAAUGGCAAGUGCAGUAGCGGGAGGACUCUUCAAUGCAUUUGCUUUUGCAGGAGCAGGAUACCUAUUUAAGAUGUUUGACAAGAAUGGAUACGCUGAGGAAGCCAAAAGACAUAACAUGGCUAUGGAGUCCCUCACAGCCAAAAGAGAGAAGUACCUUGAAAAGGUAACUGAUAGGAGAAACAAAGUAGCUCAGCCAAGGGAGGAACUAGCUGAGACAAAUAGUGAUAUCAAAUCAACAAACCAAUCACUGGAGCUAGUGAGAAGAAUAAAUGAGUUAACACGUAAGACCCUACCAAGGAAGCCACAACUAAGUAAUCACUACAAACCUAGCCCUGAGAUGGAAGAAUACAUGGCACUCUUUGGUUUACUUGUAGGGGGAGCGGUGGGAGGGGCAGCCUACUUGAUGCUAUGA